AUGAAUUCUGUUCUGAAAUAUUUUGAUGUUUAUAUUUUAGUCAUUUAAUAUAGAAGUGCCAGAGCCAUUUUCCAGUAUGAUGACAAGAGCAGAGAAGGAAAAGUGGAAGCGCAUCAGAAACACGCUGACUCCAGCAUUUAGUGGUCUUAAGAUGAAGCAGAUGAUGCCUUUAAUGAAUUCCUGUUGUGACACUUUGAUGCGAAAGCUUAGCAAGGUUGCAGACAAGGAACAAAGUGUUGACAUGUUUAAGUUUCAUCAAGCUCUUACAAUGGAUGUAAUAAUUUCAGCAGCAUUUGGCAUUGAGGCAAACCCUCAAGAGAAUCCUGAUGAUCCGGUUGCCAUGGCAGCUCGUAAUUCCAUGAAUAGAAGCACAUUUGAGAGGAUUUUGCUGAAUGUCCUUUCAGUUAUGCCAUUUGGAACUAAAAUAAUUUCAAUGUUCCCAAACUUUUUGAUGGCAAAUAGUAUGCCAUUACUUAAGAUUGCUGAAGAAAUGGUGAACAUAAAGAGAGCAGGAAAGGCAAAUUUGUCUAGAAAGGACAUGUUGGAUGUAAUGCUGGCAGCCUCAGAUGACCCAAAUGUCCCAGAGUCAAAGAAGCUGACAGACAUGGAAGUCAUUGCUCAAAGUUUUGUGUUCCUUAUUGCUGGCUAUGAAACUAGCAGUAACACACUUGGUCUGACGUCCUACCACAUAGCUACACACCCGGAUGUUCAAGAUAAACUGCAGCAGGAAAUUGACAGUGUGUGGACUGAUGGGGAACAGCUGCCGACUUAUGAAACAGUGAAUGAGCUGCCAUACCUUGACAUGGUGAUAUCCGAGACACUCCGAAUAUAUCCACCAGGUACUGAUGUAUUGCUUUUUAAAACAAUACGUCAAUCCUUAUCAUAUUAUAAUGGCUACCUUAUUAAUACAGAUUUAUACUAGUACUGAAGGAAGGGAGGCGCGGUGGCC